AUGCAGGCGCUGGGCAGCAUGCUCGAAGAUGUGCAAAGCAGGGGGAGGAUAGUGGACAACAUCCCUGCUGGCAUACUCUUGCACGAAAUCUUAGAGGAGGAUGAGGAAGCGACGGUGGAGUUGCAGCAGCAGCAGCAGCUCCUUGCCCUGCGAGUGUUGGAUGGCCUGGGAAGGAACUCGUGCUUCUCCGAUCAUCCCGACAGCUCAAGGAUAACCGUCGCGCUCCUUGCUGCCCUCGCGGCCUUCCAACCGCCCGGUGCCUCGUCCUCGUCCUCCUUCCAGGAGGCUGUUGCGGCAAAGGCAGCGGAGACUGUGGCGAGAAUCAGCAUGAAGAGAAGCGCAGCGAUGGCGCUGCUACUCACCGGGAGGAUGGAAGAGAUUCUGAUAGAGCUGGUAAGGAUUGCGGAAGGAAAGAGAGCAAGGACGCGAGCUCAGUACGCUAUCGUGGUCCUGCUGUCGCAUCCGGAAGUGAGUGAGGAGGCGGCCAAGGGGAAAGAGCUGUUCGAUGGGCUGCUGGAGCAAGUGAGGGAGCAGCUGGUCGGUGAUGGAAAUGGGAGGACGGGAGGAGCGAGAAGUGAUGGAAGUGGAGCCGAAGGAUCGGACGAGGCAGCAGGAGCCAUGGUGGGUAUCGUCAGCUCUGCUGGAGGGAUGCAGCGAUUGGCAGCUUCACUCUCGCUGGGGAGCAUUCUGAUCCGGCUUGUUGUCAUGCUUGCUUCCUCCGAUGACGAAAACCAGGAUGCUGCUGUCGCCUUGCAAAGCCUCCUCGUGCUCGAUGCUGCCAGACGGCACCUGACGAGGAUCCUGCAUUGGCUUCUCUUGAGGAUGAAGCAGUCGGAAGGACAAGUCGAGGAGACGCGAGCAGACGACGACGCUGCUGGCGAGGAGCUGAGACAACGCUUGUCAAUCUCGAGAGGAGACGCGGCUGUGGUGCUAGGAAGGGUGCUGGAGGAUGUCAGAAGCAGCAGGGAUCUGCUGGUGAACUCGCAGGCUUCGGUUGCAAGAGCAGCUGUCGACUUGUUUCUCACCUCCUCCUCAACCUCCUCCAUGCUUGACGCUGCCUAUCUGCUUGGAGUAGUUCUUGACAGCGAGGAAGAAGUGACAAGGCUGUGCGAAGAGGAGUUGACAGAAGUGACACGGCGCCUUCUCGACCUUUCGGCGGCUCACGCUGCGGCUUCUUAUCGCCCUCUUGCCAGUCUCUCGCGUCGUGCCCCCGCUCGUCGCAUGCUCUCAGCCUCCUCCCUGGUCUCUCGCGCUCGCGUGCUGGUCGAGGGCUCCUUUGCUCAAGUCCCUGCUGGUCCUGCUGACCGACGCCUGCUGGUUUCUAUCCCUUGGGUGGAAGAUGACUUGCUGAGGGAGUCGGAGGAGCGGGUGGGAGGGUUGCAAGCAGCAGCGAUCAUGAGGAGCGGGGGAUUGACCGUAACCCUCGAGGAGCCUCCUGACAAGCAACGCGAGCAGACUGAACAUGUUGAAACUUCUCCUACAUCCCUGUGGUUCGGUGAGUCGAGAAUUUCAGCGUUUCUCACCUGA